CGCAACCACUGAGGAACAAACAAACGUGGGUGUAAGUGGGACUUCCUGUUUGUAGUGCUCUCCAUCGCAGACUUUGCUCUAAACUAUUGCCUAAUCACCCUCUGUCUUGCCUUUUUAGCCUCUCUCUAUCUAAGCUGCGUGUCUGUACUGCGUUCCUCCGGCUGGCAUGCUGUACCUUUACCGUGCUGGACUCUGCAUUUUUAUAUAAUAGUGUACUAACUCAUGAAGAAACUAUUGAGUUUUUGUCUUUGUUGUUGCCUAUCCGGGUCUUGAAAACAUGGCCUUCUCGUCUUACCUUUGCUUCUCUCCAAUUUCAGUCAAGAUUGAGCCCUUGGGACAGUCUAUAGGACUGCGGCGUGAUGUCAGGAUAGGUUUUUCUCGCAGAAGUUACGGCUCUGAAUUUUGUGGCCAACCAGUUGCGACUGUGGGAGUUGACUUAUGUCCAGACUGGAGUUUCGGAGGAGGAUCAAGAGUUAUUUUUAGACCAAAACUUGAAAGAUGUGUUCUUUAUCGAAAAGGCUCUGGAGUGAAUGCUUCAUGGUUGCCAAGCUCCCAACUUGCUAGCAGCGUUUUUUCUUUGGGAACAGUAGCUGUUCUUCCAUUUUACACUCUCAUGGUUCUGGCUCCUAACGCUGAACUAACAAAAAAAUCCGUGGAAAGUAGCAUACCAUAUGUCGUGCUUGGACUUCUGUAUGCAUAUCUACUAUACCUCUCUUGGACUCCUGAAACAAUCCGGCUGAUUUUUGCAAGUAAAUACUUGCUUCCAGAGCUGCCGGGCAUCGCAAAGAUGUUUUCAAGCGAGAUGACUUUAGCCUCUGCUUGGAUUCACUUGUUGGUUGUAGAUCUCUUUGCUGCAAGGCAGGUUUUUCACGAUGGACUGGAAAACCAAAUUGAGACCCGGCAUUCGGUUUCUUUUUGCCUGCUUUUUUGUCCCAUUGGAAUCCUUACUCAUGUCAUCACCAAAGCAAUGACCAAGAGUUGCAGAAGCCCCUGACAGAGCAUGUCCAUGAUCUAGUUUGCAGAUGGAUUCACUGGAACCUUAAAAUUUUCAGACUCCUAAUCGGGACUCAUAUUGUUUUCAACAUCAUCAGCUAUCAAUGGAUGCUGAGGUUUAUUGUUUCCUUUGAUCAAAUAUUACAUGCCUGGUCAUUUAUCUCUA